AUGGCGCCUGAGGCCCCUGCGGACACUGCAGGGCCAUCCUCCCCACCACCUCAACUCCCAGAAGGCUGGCUCCCUCAAUGGGAAGGUGUCGGACGGAAAUGGUAUUAUGUACAGCGCACUACCGGAAAAUCGCAAUGGGAGAUUCCGACCGAACCAAUCGUCCUGACCCCGUCAACAACACCGACGCCAAUGGGGGCAGGGCUAUCGCAGGAGCCAACAUCACAUCCAACAAGCGGCAGUGCUCGAGAAGUGGAGUCCGUGGACACAACGGCAGGCGGGACGUACUCCGCGGCGGACAGUGCGAGAAUUUCCGUAGGGAAUCGCGCUCAUUAUGUCUGCAGCACCCUUGACUCCCGUACAUAUGGGCAGUCUGAAAAUCCAACAUAUGGGUCUUCCGGUGUACCGGGUUGGUAUUCGAAUCAGACGGGCCAACACUUGCCCAGUGGAUAUGAGCGGCAGCUGGCUGCAGAUGCAGCUGGAUAUGGCCCGCAUGGCGUUGUCGGACAGGUGAAUGCUGUUCAAUCGGCAUUUUAUGGGAGCCAGACACACCCAGGUUAUCAAAUCACGGGUCCACACCACAUGGGGCAAAGUAUAUCUCCAUCAGCGUGGGGCAACAAUCCGAGUGCUUACCAGGGACACCCAAGCGGUUAUCACAUGACGCAACAUGCACAGUCCUUCCAAGGAUUUGUUGCUAAUCCUGCCGGAUUGCAUGGCCACCAACCACCAGGACUGUGGUCAAUGACCUACAAUCCACAGGAGCAAAUGGCAAGGUCAACGGAUGGAGCUUCCGAUUCUCAGCCACUAUGGCAAUUGGAAACACAGCAAGGCCAUUUGAAUGCCUCUGGUGAGGGUGUCCCGAUGAACUUACGCUCAACAAACCUGCCUAAGCCCGUAAUUGGGUCUUACUCAUCCAAUACGAAUGCGGAUCCGUCUUCGGGAGAAUUCUCUCGCCAUGCCUCGAACGCUUCACUUGUCCGAGAAGGGCAGCCUUACCAAACUUCUGUCGAGAGUUUCUCCAACCAUUCAACGCACUCCAUGGUUGACCAAGGUAGAUUUGGACAAGGCCAACCGAACCCACGGUCCCAUUUCCAGCACACUGCCAUGGACCCUGCUUUACAGGGAUUCUCACCACUGCAACAUGUUCAGAGACAAUAUCAACAGCAGCACAUGAUACGAAAACAGUUAGGAUCACACCAAGCCAACCUCGCCCACGGCCAUCAGCAAUAUAACAACCCAAUGGCGCAAUUGAGUUUUAACCAAUACGGUCCGCAGCAUCAGUUUGGUCAAAGCGGCGGGCCCACGGCUUUUCCCCAAACAGCUCAGGUGCAAGUUCCUUACCACCAAUCGAUUCAUUAUCCCGAGCAUGUGAAACAAUCAUCGGGGCAGACAGGAAGAGGUUCGGAGUCACAAUUUGUAAAUGGGACGUGGACGUCGACACCGCCUGCUGCUGGACAGUUGUAG